AUGGACACAAUCAGUGACUCCGCGUUUGGCAAGGUGGUUCGUUUUUUGACGAAGUCCCGACUGCUUCCGUACUCCGAAGAGAAAGUUCACGAUAUUUGUCAUCAUGUCAUGUCACAGGCCUCCCGAGUGACUCGGCGGAACUCUUGGCAAUCAACUCUCGAUGGGAGGUCGAGUGUCAUUCGACCUGGAGCAAUGUCCGGGGAGGACGUUAUUGUUGUGGACUGGCGAGGGCCAAGUGAUAGUGAGAAUCCUCAAAACUGGAGUACCGCGAAGAAAUUCCUCGUUAGUUGUGAGAUAUGGCUGCUCACAUUUGCGAUCUAUAUCGGUUCUGCCAUCUACACCCCAGGCAUCCCUGGCGUUUCGGAGCAGAUUGGGGUGAGUAACGUGGCAGCAUGUCCUUGGUCUUACUCUUUUUGUUUUUGGUUAUGGCCUUGGCCCAAUGGUAUGGUCGCCCCUGUCAGAGCUGCCUAAUAUUGGUCGAAGCCCGAUCUAUAUCCUCACACUGGUUGUCUUUGUCUUCUUCCAGUUUGCUAUUAUCUAUGCUAAGAAUUUUGGAAUGCUUCUUGUCUUUCGCUUUCUCACGGGCUUUAUUGGCUCCCCUUGUCUUGCAACUGGAGCUGUAUCUAUGAGUGAUAUCUGGAAAGCCCAAGCCCGUGAUUAUAUGAUUGGCAUCUGGGGCUGCUUUGCCGUUGCAGCCCCUGUUCUAGGCCCCCUGGUUGGCGGAUUUGCAGCUCCUGUUAACGGAUGGAUCUGGACAAUCUGGCAGUUGCUUUGGGUCUCGGCAUUUACUCUUGUUAUAUAGUUCUUUCUCCUGCCUGAUACCUACGCCCCUAACAUUCUAUGUCAACGGGCACGGCGGAUCAGAAAGAUCACUGGCAACCCCAAUUACAUGUCUGAGUCCGAGAUAGAGCUCAUGCAACUAAAUCCAUAUGUGGUUCUAUUCGAGGCACUUGUUAGACCCUUCGAAUUAUGCUUCUUCGAGCCCGUUGUUUUCCUCAUGAACCUGUACAUUUCCAUUAUAUACGGGAUGCUGUAUAUCUGGUUUGAGGCUUUCCCCAUUGUGUUUGGCGAACUUCACGGCUUCAACCCCGGCGAAGUCGGACUAGCCUUCCUAGGAAUCCUGGUAUCCAGCUGUUGCAUUGCGAUUCCUGCAUACUUCUACUGGAAAUGGAAGUAUCAAUCCAAACACUUUGGCGGAAACUGGAAUAUUAAGCCAGAAUACCAGCUUCCGCCUGCCUGUGUCGGAGUUAUUUUACUCCCUAUCUCCAUCUUCUGGUUUAGCUGGACAGUAUCUUUACCUACCUGGCACAUGCAUAUCCAAAAUAGACUGCCUCCUCCCUGGCUGGAAAUGACUUUAUGCGAUCCUCGUUCAGAACUGGCUUCCCGCUGUUCGCAACAGCUAUGUUCCAUAACCUCGGCGUGGGCUGGGCAUGCACCCUCUUGGACUGCUUCGUUGGACUCCCUUGAAAAUACUAGACAGGCUCGGCGCACGUACACCAUGCGUAAAUAUAUUAUUACAUAUACGGCGAUGGCGACUCUAGCUACUGGACAGGUGGUGAUAAGUCGGCAGAUCAUGCGUUAUUCUGUCGGUUGUCUACUCUUCCCUCACCGAGUAAUAGUAACCAGGAGAGAGAGAGCUGUUGAUGUACCAUGCACCUCGGAGUUUAGUCGGUCCCAGGGAAUCCCGGAAUCGCCGGCCCAUGCUGCUCUACGUUUCAUGGUCCCUAGAAAUGUACCACUCGUGCUGACUUGA